AUGGCCAACGCCGUCUUCAUGGCCGGUGUUCUGGGCUCUCUGGCGGCGUCCGGUUACGUCACAGACAUUAUCGGCCGGAAGCGGAUCAUCGGAGGCGCCACGUUCGUUCUCAUGAUUGCGGCAUUCGGCGGCUGCUUCGCCAACACGUACGUCAUCUACCUGUGCACCAGGUUCGUCAUCUCCGGCUCGUCGAGUGCUCUCUCCAUGGUGGCCUGCAUCCUGCUGGCCGAGGUCUCCACGAACACCCACCGGGCUACCCACGUCAGCCUGUCCGCAAUCUUGGGCCUCUUGCUCGGCGACACGUGCUACGCAGUUCUAAAGCAGGCGCGUCUUAACUGGAUCUGGCUGCAGCUUCUCAUGGUGGCACCCACGCUCCUCGUUCCACUGGGUUACUGUUACUUAGUUAUACACGAGUCGCCCCGAUGGCUCAUCUCCCGGCGCAACAUCAAGAGUGCCGCAGUCGUGAUGGAGAUGGCGGCCAAAAUGAAUGGUUUCCCCGCCGACGCCGCCGAGGCGGUGGUAGAGCGAAUCAAAAUCCAGGACCUCAACUAUGCCAAGCAGCUUGGCGCCUCGAGCACCGACAGGAGUACCUCCUCAGCCGUCUUACGCCGCGGCUUAAUCAUAUACGCCUCGUCUUUCGCCAUCAUGGUCGCCUACUACACGCUGCUGCUGUCGUUUCACGACAAUACUUGGAUUCGCUGGACGUCACUCGCUUCAGAAGCUGUGUGCUACGCGUUGUACAUAUUCGUCGUGGACAGAAUCAGCCGAGUGACGCUAGUCGCUACCAUCUACCUCUUGGCAGGCACCUAUUGCUGCUUCCUGGCCCCGACGUUUGGCAGGGACGCUACCGAACUACUCAGCACCGGUCUCCUGAUCGAAGCCAAGGCCGUCACGGGCAUCGGCGUUGUGGUGACAUCGUUGUGCGCGACCGAGGCAUUUCCGUCGGCAACCCGUGGCCUAGGCGUGUGUCUUGCGUACUCCUGCGCUCGUCUUGGCGGAGUCUUCGCUGCGACAGCGUCCAGUCUCCGGACAGCGGGAAGGGAGGACCUGCUACUGGCCAUAGUUGGAGCUGUGCUGUACACCUCAUCUCAGAUCUUCCGGAAACUGCCGCGAAGUGUCACCCCCUUCAACCCUGACAGCACGCGGACGACUACAGUGGCGAGCCCGUCGGAUGGGCUGGAAGGCAUGAAGAAGUCGCUGUAA